AUGAACUCUCCGCCAGAGCUGGGCUGGGGGGGAGAGAGCCGGGCUGGCUACGCAGGGACCUGCCCCGGGGAGCAGAGACUCCAGCGUUUGCAGCAGAGGCCGCGCAACAUCCGCGGUGCUGGGGAAGAUCGCUGCGUGCCGGGAAGGGAGCUCCCAAUUGCAGGGCCCCACCCGCCGCAUAUCCCCUCCCCGCCCGGCCAGCCCCAUCCCUUCCCCGCUCCCUCUCGUUAUCCCGCGGCUGGUCCCAGGCCCCUUUACGCCCCCAGCCAACCUCCAGGCGCCGCGUUCUCCCCAGGUUAUAACUCAUCCUGCUGCAGUCCCUACCCCCCCAGCUCUCCUGACCCCGACUUUCCGGGGGGGACCCUGCCCCCCUCCUCCUCCGCCUACCCAGCUUGCCUUAUUGGACCCUGCUCCGGGGGUCGGGGAGUGGAUCGGUACCACGCCUGUAGCCAGGACCCCCCCAGCUGUAACUCUCUGGUGGUGCCAGAAGAUAGAGGGGACCUCUCUCAGGAUGUUUACGGUGACACGAAAACUUUUGAGUGGAUGAGAGUCAAAAGGAACCUUCCCAGAACAGUGAAAUCAGGGGACUGUGGCUUUGCUAGGGAGACAAACGCAGUCUCCCCCAGGACAAACUUCAGCACCAAGCAGCUGACCGAACUGGAGAAAGAAUUCCACUUCAACAAGUACCUGACCCGGGCCAGGCGGGUUGAGAUCGCCUGUGCCUUGCAGCUCAACGAAACCCAGGUGAAGAUCUGGUUCCAGAACCGCAGGAUGAAGCAGAAGAAGAGGGAGAGGGCGAGUUUCCCCGAGGGAUCAGCUGGCUGCAAUGGACCGGAGUCCUCCUCUGACAAAUCAGACAUCACCCCCCCAGCUACCUCUCCUAGCAGAAGCAACGAGGCUACCACGCCUCCAAUCUGACCGAGGUUCUCGCUUUGUUAGUACUUCUGUUCUGAUCUUGGGCAGAGAAACAGAAGAGAGACUUUCCCAUCAGAAAAGAUCCACUCAGCCCCCCGCAUUCAUCUUGCUGGGGAAGGGUGCAGUGCUCCUGGCAAACUUUGCAAUGGACUUGGGGAUGAAAGCACACACCAAAAACAUGAGCAAAGACUUCCAGUGUCACCCCCAUUACCACCACCAAUAGCACAGGUGUCAGCAUUGUGCUGUUAAAUCGGUGUCCUUCCAACAGAUGCAGGUGUAUAUUAACGAAUGCCGUGCUUAAAAAAAAAAGCCACUUUGCCCUCAAAAUUCGUAGCACAGAAGUGAAUAGGUCAAUUUUUUCCCCCCAAAACAUGAACUUUUUACAAAAAAUGCAGCCCACAAAAGGUUUUCACACACUCUCACUUCUUUGUGAGUAGUUGUGACUUUUUUCCACUAAAAGCUUCAAUUAAAUUUUUAUUCACAAUAUAUGUCUACUUUUUCCACAAAAAGUAUCUACAACAUCUUUAGUCACAAAAAGAUUACAUUCAUUUUUGCCACAAAAAGGCUCAUUUUUCAUGGAAGGGUUCGAUGACCUUUUUUUGCUAGAAGUGUUGACAAAUUUUAUGUUGACACAUUAUUCCCCCCCCAAAAAAGUUUUGACAUGUGCUUUAUUCACAAUGAGUUUUGAUGAAAAAUUUUUCCACAAAAAUUCUUGACAAAGUUGUUUUCGAUGAAUUAUUUUCACGAAAAGUUUCACCCCUUUUUUUCCCCACCAAAUGGUUCAAUGACGUGUUUUCCACAAAAAGUUCUGACAACAAUUUGGGGGUUGAUUUUUAUAUUUUAGCUCUAAUUCCAAAUGUUCCUAUUUCACUGAGCCCUUUUAGAAGGAACUAGAGCCAUCAUCUCUUGCAUCCGACGAAGUGGGUAUUCACCCACGAAAGCUCAUGCUGCAAAACGUCUGUUAGUCUUUAAGGUGCCACAGGAUUCUUUGCUGCUUUUAUCUCCUGGGAGUAAUUAUUUUAGAUAUAUGUAAUACAGUUACAUACCAUUUUGGUGAAACUUCUAGGGAGAAUAAUGUUCUUCAGAAGUAUUUUUAAGACUAAGACAUUUUUCCUGAACUCAGCAUUCUGGCCACAGACAGCCACUCUGGCCAAGGCUGGUUAUCACAUUUUCUUGACUGCCAUCUCUACUCUUGUGUCCACACAUCUAAAUGAUACCCUAGUGGGUGAGUUAACCUUCCCUCUGGUGUGAUACUAAAGGGGCAGGAAAAGCCUGAUCUCAAGCCCACUGAAGUCAGUGGAAAGAAUCUCGGGGUCUUUAAUGGACUUCGGAUCUAAUCCAUCUGAAACAAGUUAUAUGCAGUAUAAUCAGUGGGCUGACACAGAUAUUUGAUCAAGCAAAUAUGAUGUUUCCCCCAUCUUUUAAAUGUGCUUUCCUAGGCCAAAUGCACCUUCAGCACAAAUGGAUAGAAGAGGAAAUGUGAGUUCAAAAUCAGGCUUAGAAAUACAAGAGACAUGGUAAUUGUGCUAUAAAUAACCCCCUCAGUCAGUAAAAGCUUAGAAGUGUAUUAUUUAUUUUCACAUUUCCGAGGUUCUUCAUUAACAUUUAAAUCUCCUAACAGCUGGGAAGAAACGCACUCUUCAUAUUAAAAGUGGAUUUAAUUUAUAGCAAGGAGUAGUUGAGUGAAAGCAACAAAGCAAAUACGAAAAUCGGGAGGGGGUGUCACAGAACUUUGACAGGACAGUGGUGAUGGGAUGGAGAGAUGGGAAUGGUUGCCUUUUAAAACCUUAAUAAAGGAUUAAACGGAGGCUGACAUUUUAUCAAGAACAAUCAAUAAUAAAUGUUAUAAUAACCUUAGGUAACGUUAGAGCCACUUAUGCUGAGACAAAGUUUGCACACAGUGCCUCGCUUUGGAGAAAUAAUUGGUUAGUUUUCAUCACCGUGUUUUUUUAUUAAUUAUUAUUACUAUUAAUGUUUUACUAUCAAAAUAUAUUUGAGAAAUGCCUUUUGUGCAUGGAGAAUACUGGUUUAUUUUCA